UUGCCUAUUGGUUAAUCUUGUUUUGUGGCAAAAUGUAUAAGGCAUCCAUGCACUCGUUCAUUCAUUCAUGAUCCAUAUAUCUGUUGGAUGCUUAUCCGUCUUUGAUAGAGUUCAAAGUUUUGUUGUAUUCGUCUUUAAAUCCAUGCCAUUCUUUGCCAACUCGUCUUGUGAUGGGUUCGUAGCGUAACCCCACAACUGUUUCUUUUGUGGCCUUGGCAGGAUUUAUUUCUAUUCCUUGUGCUUUCCGUAUUACCCCAGCCUCCAGUAGCUUAUUUGAUGGCAAAUCUUGUUAAGUAGUUAGUGUUCUGCUUUUAAGAUUAGUCGUGAUUUGUUAUCAGAGUGGCGCAACGGAAGCAUAGUAAGCCAUGUCUGUUCAUAGAAAGAGUUGGUGAGACAUUUGUUUUUUCUUGGAUUGUGUGAAGCCAUUCACCACUUGAUAUGGUCCUCAAUUUGAGUUUUGGGGACAAAACUCCUUUUUAGGAGGGGUGAGUGUAAUAUCCCAAAUUUUCGGGAAUAUUUAAGUGUAAGUUAAGGACUAAAUUGUGGAAAGAUAU